AAGAAAUCGUCAGAGGAACAGCGCGCCCCCGAGAAAAGCACGGAGUCGUUUUAGUUACUGUAUGCUUUACCCAAAUGGAACACAAAUCUGAGUUUUUAUGAUGCACCUUUGCCCAUGACCAACCACGGCAUUCAGAAUAUUGAAUCAUAAGCCUACAAAGCAUUGGGAAUGUACACCUUUUUCUUGUUUUGUAAGAAGCGUUCUAUAGGGGUUCCGGUGACGGAUUGUUUUUUCUGUCAGGAAAUUGGUUGCAUGAAAAAUACAUUUUACUUUAUGUCGGUGAGCAUCAGGACCUGAAUUUAUGGAAUAUCUUUCGCUUAAGUCUUCUGAACAGUUGGUGCAUGUUUAUCACUUCUAUUCUACAAAGAAAGCACCGUUCUUUCCACUUUUGUUGAGUUCUUCCACUGCAUAUCGGGCACCGCGGAGAUGGUAAAAGUUCAGUUAUGCGCACAUUAUAUUUUCUCGAUAAAACCAUUCGAUCAUAACUUGUUAUCGAUGCAAAUGUUUAAUUGUGUGUGGUCAACUAUGUGUUGCAUCUGUCUCCUAUAAUCUUACAUAAUUAUUCCGAAAAUAAUAGCCUGCUUUCGUAGUUGAAUCUUCAUCUCCCAUUUCCACCAUGUUGUGUGUUGAAUUACUUUUUUUUCACCUGAUUUCUCUGUUAUAAAAAGUCUGGUGCCUGUUUGCAGUUUAUGGAUUUAUAAUAAUUAUUCUGUACAGAGAUGGAACAAUACAGUUAGGAGAGAAAAAGGGCAUAGAACAAAAAGGAAAAAGUUGCACAUUUAGCAGGAAAAGAGGCCAUCAAAAUCACGGAAAUCGCUUCGUCCUUUUCCUUUGGUGUACUGUUACACUGUUGCAAAUGGAUUUCAUAAAGGCAACACGGUUAUUGUUACAUCUUUUGUGUUAGUUCACCCGUUCCAUGCUGACAAAAUGUCACUGGGUUGAUUAUUGAAUAGAGAAAAUUAUGAUGGCCUAUGUUCGUUUUUUCUAUUCUAGUGUUUAAAUUGGGCUUCUUGUUCCACAAUGAAAUGCCAUCGGACGUUUUUCUUUUUUGAUAAAGUUUGGAAAUAUGGGCAAGUUGUCGAACGUUUUUGUGGUGACGGAAGGUUGACACUUUAUUUUUUGGUCACUUUCUGAGCGCAGUCUAAUGUAACGGAUUUUGGACUAUAUUUCUGUUAAAUUAAUUUGGCAUUAGAGAAAUCCAAAUGUAUACGCAUGUACAGUGACGAUCUCGAUGUGACGACAUUGUGUUUUCUAGGCCUACUGCUCAUUAGAAUUUAUAUUUACUGGCUAGUGCGUAACAAACUUUCGUGGACCAGCGCGCGCACUAGUGCCCCCGCACCUGGGGGCAGCCCCACCAUGGCGCCCUCAUCCCUCUGUAUCUUGGUGUGGUUGUGUGAGUGAAUCAACAACAAAGACUGGGGAUCAAAGAUGAGGAUGAUGCUCUGGAGAUAACGGUUCAAACCGACGCUGCAGCAUCUCUCCUGAGCACCCAGUUAGAAGUUGAACCAGGACCCCCGCUAGAGGGAACGGCUCUCAUCUUCCAGACAGAGGUUAAUCAUCAGGUCAACAACACAGGAUGUUGAUGGGUGGCACUGCAGAGUGAGGAGUCUGAAGAUCUGAAGAUCUCUGAAGGUGGUUGGCUUAGACAGUGCUCACACACACAUCGCCAAAAUGAAUGAGCGUCAGGCUCUCCACUCCAUAAUGAAGGACCUAGUGGCCCUCCAGAUGACGAGGCGCCAGCCUGGGCCCCCUUAUGACACGGGGAAACCCAAGACUCUGCCCAACCCUGCCCCUGCUAAGAGACAGGACGAUGUCAGAAUAAAGUUUGAGUUCAGUGGAGAGAGGAGGAUACUGAUGUUUGGGAGGCCUGUGCAGUUUGAAGAAAUCCAACAGAAGGUCAAGACUGUCUUUGGCCAACAGCUAGACUUGCACUAUAUGAACAAUGAGCUGUCCAUCCCUCUGCGUGGUCAGGAUGACCUGGACAAGGCCAUUGACCUGCUGGACCGCAGCUCCAAGAUUAAGAGCAUCAAGAUCUUGCUGCUGACGCAGGAGCAGUGCAAUGCGUCCCCCUCUCCCUCUCCCUCUUCCCACCACACGGUGAGUAAGCAGGUGAGGAUCAAAGCCUCCCAGUCCACGGGUGAUGUCAGCACAGUGUACCAGCCCUCCGAGCCCAGGGGGCGCCACCUCUCCACCAGCUCUCAGAACACAGGCCGUAGCUCCCCCCCUCCAGGCUAUGUCCCUGAGCGGCAGCAGAGGAUCGCCCGCCAGGGCUCCUACACCAGCAUCAACAGUGAGGGAGAGUUCAUCCCAGAGAGCGACCAGUGUGUGCUGGACCCCUGGAGCAGUGCAGAGAACUCUGUCUCAGGAAGCUGCCAGUCACUGGACAGUAGCUCAGACAGCCCCUCCCUGAGGAAGUCACGCAUGCACCGAGCCAAGAGCUACCCUGAUAACCGGCAGCAGGAGAACGUCUCUGACCGGGAGAACCAUGUUUAUGAUAAGGUGGUGGGGAAGGGAGGGACAUACCCCCGCAGGUACCAUGUCUCCCUGCAUCACAAGGACCAUAGUGAAGGUCGGAGAACGUUCCCGCGGAUCCGUCGCCCCCAGGGUAACCUGUUCACCCUGGUGCCCUCACGGCGCUCCCUCAACGGCAGCGAGGAGAGUCUGGGCAGCUGGCAGCUAGUGGACAAGCAGGGCAGGCUCCGCCCACAGGAGCGCCCUGUCGCACACAAGUCCCCCAGUGCUCCAAUGACGUGGAGGCGGGGCAAGCUGCUGGGCCAGGGGGCGUUUGGGAGGGUUUACCUGUGUUACGAUGUGGACACGGGACGGGAGCUGGCCGCCAAGCAGGUGGUGUUUGACCCGGACAGUCCUGACACCAGCAAGGAGGUGAGUGCUCUGGAGUGUGAGAUCCAGUUGUUAAAGAACCUCCACCACGAACGCAUCGUCCAGUACUACGGCUGCCUGAGGGACCACAACGAAAAGACCCUCACCAUCUUCAUGGAGUACAUGCCGGGGGGUUCAGUCAAAGACCAGUUGAAGGCCUACGGGGCGCUGACGGAAAACGUGACGCGGAAGUACACACGGCAGAUCCUGGAGGGCAUGUCCUAUCUGCACAGCAACAUGAUCGUUCACCGUGACAUCAAAGGUGCCAACAUCCUGCGGGAUUCGGCGGGAAACGUGAAGCUGGGAGAUUUUGGCGCCAGCAAGAGGCUGCAGACCAUCUGCAUGUCUGGCACGGGCAUCCGCUCGGUCACUGGCACCCCCUACUGGAUGAGCCCCGAGGUGAUCAGUGGAGAGGGCUACGGCAGGAAGGCUGACGUCUGGAGCCUGGGCUGCACAGUGGUGGAGAUGCUGACAGAGAAGCCUCCCUGGGCCGAAUACGAGGCCAUGGCAGCCAUCUUUAAGAUCGCCACCCAGCCCACCAAACCCCUGCUGCCCUCACACACCUCGGACCACACCCGUGACUUCAUCCACCGCAUCUUUGUGGAGGCCAAGCACCGGCCCAGUGCUGAGGAGCUGCUCAGACACCCCUUCUCCCAGAUCCUCUGCUGAGGGGAAGUACGAGUACACUCUCUCUGUCUCAACCGCUCCUCGGGACUCAAGGCCUACAGCUGACAUCUAGACUCUAGACUCUAGACUUGGAACUUGGUCCUUUCCAUCCUACAUCUCUCUCCCCAAACCAGACUCACCACCAGUCACACUCAUUCCUUAACCCACAAAUACACAUGAUCCAUUAUGAUGGAUAAUAGCACAGUGCCAUUAUUCCAAGCUGUUAACUACAAUUAUCAAAUUCACCUCCAACUUUCCCCACUAGGGAGAGCUAUAUGACUGAUCAGUGUUCAGCUGUCUGCUGUGGAGAACUGGACCCACCAACUCCAUACGAACUGAAUUGUUUCAGCUAUCACCUUGGUGGUCUGUGAGAGGAUCAAACACACACACACACACACACACACACACACACACACACACACACACACACACACACACACACACACACACACACACACACACACACACAAACACACUCAAACACAUCAAAUCUAUUAUAUGUGGCUCAAGAUGGGAUUUGAUCAAGCACCGCCACCGAAUGUGCCUUUCAAAUAUGCCAAAGUGUCCCCUCCUAAGUUUACAUUCUCUAGAUGGGCUGUUAGAUGAGACCCCUGAGGUAAUGAACUGUUCAUAUGGGACUUACAGUAAGCUUGAGCAGAGCAGUGUCUGGUCUACUUAGGCCAAGACAGCAGACCCACAGCCACAGCUCAGUGCUUCAACAUGGUAACUGAUGAAACCAACAGAUGCACCACUCAGUGUUAUAGAGACGGGAUGGAUUUAAUUUUUCACUUUGUCCUCUGAUCCGUCUCUGAUAUUCUUUGUAUUUUUGAGAAAGUGCCUCUUGAUGCUCUUUUGAAGACUCACAGUCCCUGAUGGAAGCCCAUGCUGAUCUGUCCUGUCCUCACCAUACAACAUGGAACUAGAGCCAUCAGUGUUUUUGUGUUGUCAUUAUGACCUUCACAGUAGACCAUUGUGAUGACUGUGCCUUAUACUCCAACUCUCCACUGCAGCCCCUCAGUAUCACAGCCCAGGGUUUUCCAAAAAUGUACCAAAAAUGACCGAUUUCAUUCAUGAAGGGGUUGGUUUCCAGUUUGGUUGGAGGAUAUGCUAACUACACAAUAUUACAAAUGAUAUUGUACUUUGUGAUUGAAAGAGAUAUUUUAUUUUAGUCUUAGACAAAUACAAUCCUAAUGCCUUGAUUUGAAAGUGAGUUGCCAUUAGGUUUACCAGCUUUCUAUGUGUUGACAAGUGUAUCUAGGAAAACGCUACUCCAAACAGUGGAAAUCUGCCAUUUAGGAUUCAUUUGAGUCAGAUGCACUUUUAUGUAAAAUUAAUGUUGUUGGUUAUUGUUCGCCUUACGAAAUUAACUUUUUUUUUAAACUUUAAAUAUUACAUUUCUUUCACUUUUAUUUAAAUCCCUAUGUUCAUCCAUUCCUGAAUUUUUAUAUUCAAAUAUAUAUGUAUAAAUAUAUUUUUUAUAUAUUGACUCUAGACAAUUUGAAAUCUAAUGAGGAUGCAUUUAGACCUAUGAGAUAAAUGUUGCCGUUCGAAAUGAUAAAUUGUUAAAGCAGCUGGUUUUGCAGAAAUUACAACAUUGGGGUUUAUUAGUGAAACACUUUGGGUGGAAAAUGACCUCUGGCUAUCUUACCUGGUCUCUGCUCCAAAACAAGAAACAUAUCCACAUUCCUAGCUCCAGUAGAAUAUAUUAUGUCUAAUGGUCCAUGCUUUAUUAAAUGGCAACACUGUUCCAUUGGACCCUUCCAGUUGGACUGCCCUGUCAAACCUCUCACAGUUUCACUACUUCAUUAACAAGGCCACCGCCUAGGAUUUUAAGGCUGCUGAAGUUCCUCCAUAUUUCUCCUUGCUGGCGUGAUGUGUGGGAAAUAGAGGGGAAGUGUGUGAAGUGUAAUUUUAAGAGUAUGCACUAGAAUGCUAUGUCUCACCAGAAUGACCUUCUCUUAGUGUCAUUCUUGCAGAGCAGAGGGGCUGAAUGUGUGUGUUAGUUAGACUGAGCUGAGCAGGAAAGUGAUGGAGGAGUUCUGAUCAGGUAGAUGCCAGAGACCGGGGUUCCACCCAACAUGACGACUUUGUUUAGCUCAGGGUUCGAGAGACCGACCGGUGCCCAAUGUCUGGGUCCCUCCACACUGAGCAAAGGGCUUUCUACAAUGACCUUUUUUAGUUUUAUUUUCCAUUUAUUUCCAUUUAUUUCAGUGUUACUGGCUCUAAAAUACUUUCACAAGUGAAUCAAAUGGAUAUCAUGUGGCUGCUAGAUGUUAAAGAAGGCAGCUAAGAAUCAGUUCAGUAUUAGAAAUGGUCCUGUUAUAUACAAAGAGCCAAAACAAAUGUUUCUGUUAACAGAAGAACCCUGGGGUAAGCAAAUGAAACAGGAGUUAAACGUUUAGAUAUAUACAUGUAUGUAAAUGUAUAAAUGAGUAUGUUUAAUGACAGGGGACUUGCAGUGCAAAGUCACUCCAGUUUAUCAAAUGUAUUUACGUAGAAAAAGGAACAGUAUGUUAAAUGACAUUGUUUUUCUAUAUCUUUGAGUGCCUAAUUUCAAAAACAAAUAAAUGUUCUUUGUCUCUGGUCCAAUA